AUGGAAAAGCAACGUGGAGCAGCCAGUGUCAGCAGCCUCUUCCUCCUCUUCAUUCUGUCUCUAAGCUCCUUGGCUUUAACAGCACAUCAGGCUGGAUCACAUGGGGAGAUCCAGGCACUGCCUUCCGAGAGGAGAAGCAGCAGAGAUGUUAAUUCUCCAGCUCCCAUCGACUGUCAGCUGAGCCAGUGGUCAGAGUGGACAGAUUGCUUUCCUUGCCAAGAGAAAAAACACCGGUACCGGAGGCUGGUGCAGCCAGCAGAGUUUGCAGGGCAGAGAUGUGCAGGACACCUGUGGGACGAGCAAGCUUGCCACCCUGGGACAACGUGCACUGCAACCUCCAGCUGUGGGAAGGACUUCCAGUGUGAGGAAACAGGUCGCUGUAUUAAAAGGCAUCUCGUGUGCAACGGAGAGCUGGACUGCAGAGAUGGGUCUGAUGAGGAGAACUGUGAGGAUGAAGAUGUUGAAAGCCCUUGUGAACAUCUGUUCCCAAUCCCAGGGGCUGAAAAAGCAGUCCAAGGGUACAACAUCCUAACACAGGAAGGGAGCCAGUACGUGUAUGACCCUCAUUUCUUUGGGGGCCACUGUGAGCACGUCUACAACGGGGACUGGAGGGAGCUGAAGUACAAUGCUGUGUGUGAACAGCUCUACUACGGAGACGACGAGAAGUACUUCCGCAAGCCUUACAACUUCCACACCUACCACUUCCUAGCUCACGCUGAUUCUGGAUUUGCUUUUGAGUUUUAUGACGAGUCAAAGGAUCUGCUUGAUGCCCUUAAAAGAGACAAAUCCAAAGCUUUUGGCCUUACCAUUGGAAUUGCUCCUGUAGACUCAGCUGUGCAGUUCAACCUGGGCUUCACCUUAUCAGGUGGCAAAGGAUCGCUGAAGAACUUCACACAAUACACUGAAAAGGAGGUUGCAUUCAUCAGAGGUGUGACAAAGGUGCAGACAGCCCGUUUCAAGAUGAGAAGGGACAACAUUGUCUUGGAUGAAGAUGUGCUGCUGUCUCUGCAGGAGCUUCCAGACACCUACAACUAUGGCCUGUAUGCCAAAUUCAUCAACGACUAUGGCACCCAUUUCAUGACAUCUGGCACGAUGGGAGGCAUCUUUGAGUACAUCCUUGUCAUUAACAAGGAGGAAAUGAGAAGAAAAGACAUCAGUGCUGAAGAGAUAAGUGCCUGCGUGGGGCUGUCACUUGGCCUUACAGCUGGGGAGAGUGAACUGAAUUUGGAAGCAUCUCUGACAGCCUCUGACUGUGCAAAGAAAGGAUUUCUGCAAACUGAUGAGCAGAGCAACAGUGCCGUCGUGGAAGAUAUUAUUCCCCGGAUCAGAGGUGGAGAUACCACUUACAGUGGAGGGCUCUUAACCAGCUGGGAUGGCAAUCUGUACCGGCACUGGGGAAGGUCAUUAAAAUAUAAUCCUGCUGUUAUUGAUUUUGAGCUGCAGCCCAUCCAUGAAAUUAUCCUCAGAAGCAACCUGGGCGGCGCAGAAGCCAAACGGCAGAACCUGAAACGGGCCCUGGAGGAUUACUUGUUGGAGUUCCACCCCUGCCACUGCAGGCCGUGCCAGGACGAGGGUGAAGCCAUGCUGGUGGGGAGCACCUGCUUCUGCCAGUGCCAGCCAGGACACGGAGGUCCUGCCUGCCAGCAGGCUGAGCGCCCAGGUGGUGAGACGAAUGGGCGCUGGAGCUGCUGGUCCCCAUGGGGGCCCUGCCAGUCGGGCACGGUGCGGCGCAGCCGGCAGUGCAACAACCCAUCCCCACGGGGAGGAGGGGAGCCCUGUGUGGGGAGGGACCUGCAGAGCAAAGCCUGCUGA